AUGUUUAUGGUCAGUUAAUUUUAUUUUCCUUGACUUGAUUCAUCGGAUUCGCGAUUCGUCGGAAAUAGUUUAGAAUUUUUCUGAUUUCUGUAAUAUACAAAUUCCAUAAUAAGUGCCGAUUAAUUAUUAAGUUGUAAACGAGGAAUGUAGUGCCUUAUUAAACAAAAAUCAGUGUGCAGUGUUUCAUGUUGUUCUACGGUUUUCUUGCUAGGAUGAUCUCAUUGACGCGCUGACAGUACGUUCUUUUUAGUGAGAUCUCGGCUCAAUCGUUUUAUUAUUUUAUGUAGACUAAGUCCAAUGACCUUGUAGUUCACAAUAAAAUAUCUGAAAAUACUUAAUCAAAAUGAAGAAACAGUUUUACAGAGUAAAACAACUAGCGGAUCAGACGUUUUCAAGAUCUGGAAAGAAUGAAGCUUUAACUGACGAGCUGCAAACAGCUGACAGGAAGGUGGAAAACCUCAGGCAUGCAUUACAACUCAUCAGCAAACGGCUGGCAACGGCCGCCGGGAGCACCCAAGGCCAAGAUCCAGCAGCAAGAGAAAAACGACUUAAAAAGCUGCCAGAGUACCUUCUUGGCCUGUCCAUGUUAGAAGCCAGUAAUUUUGAUGAUGAUGACAGCAUAUUAAAGUUUAUAUUACAUGAAUGUGGGAAAACAGAGAAAUUCCUUGCUAAUGAGAUAGCUGAGCAUGAGUUGAAGGUGGAACAGUUGGUGUGUGCACCGCUCACCACAAUCAGCGACCAGGACCUCCCGGCCAUCAUGAAAGCCAAGAAACAGCUCAGUAGGCUCAUCAAUGAGAAAGAGUCAGCUGCAAGCAAAUACCAACAUUUAGAACGUCAAAGGGAUGAAAACCCCACAAAAUUAAAUGCAGCAAGAGAAGAGUUGGAGGAGGCUGGCAUCCGCGUUGAGUCAGCCAGAGAUGCUUUAGCUGCAGAUAUGUUUGCACUGGUUGCGAAGGAGGCUCAACUUGCACAUACCUUACUGCAGUAUGUGAAGCUACAGAGGGCCUAUCAUGAGUCAGCUCUGCAUUCCCUACAAGACACUGUGCCAGAGUUAGAAAGGUUCAUAAAUGACAGUUCAGUGAAACCAGUGUUCGGAUAUCCAUUGGAGGAGCACCUUCGCGUGACCGGACGCACUAUCGCCUUCCCGAUCGAGCUGUGUGUAUGUGUGCUACACGAACGGGCUCUCAACGAGGAGGGGCUGUUCAGGAUCGCAGGAGGGACGUCGAAGGUGCGCCGGCUGAAGCUGUCUCUGGACGCGGGCGUGUUCAGCGUGCCGCUGCCGCGCGACUACCGCGACGUGCACGUGGUUGCCUCCGCACUCAAGGGCUACCUGCGCGAGCUCCCCGAACCCCUGCUCACCUUCCGCCUCUACGACCACUUCAUCGCCGCCUCCCGCCACGCCUCCGAACAGGCCCGCCUCAACGCCCUCUGGGAAGCCAUCCACCUCCUCCCCGACGCAAACUUCCAGAACCUGCGCUAUCUCAUCAAGUUUUUGUCCACUUUGACCCAGAAUCAAAGCACCAACAAAAUGACACCCUCCAACCUCGCUAUCGUGAUCGCCCCCAACCUGCUGUGGGCCGCGGACGAGAGCACCUUCGACAUGAACGUCACGACGGUCGUCAACUGCAUCGUCGAGCUGCUCAUCAAGCACGCCGACUGGUUCUUCAAGGACGACGUCAACUUCUUCGUGACCUUCAGCAGAGAGGACCUGCUGCCGGAGCACGAGUGGGUGCUCGGCGACCCGCCCGCCUCGCUCGCGCAGGAGCACGCCAACGGCGACUACAGCAGCAUGAGCAAAUCUAUGUUCGACUACACUCACAUCAACUCUAAAAAUAAUUCAGACUCCGCCGGUCGGCACUCGCGGAGCAAUAGUCACGAUACUAGUUUAAUAUUGUUAGAGAAUAAUAUCAAAAACGCUCAAUCGAAUAGCUCGCUAUCUGACCAAUCUAGUCCACCGCACGGAAGCCCGAAACCUAUUUUGCGGCGGAAGAACAAACCUCACGCGCCCGUUCCGCCGAACUUUACACCGGAUAAAAAUAAAAAGAUAGAAACUCCAAUGCCUGAGCCUAUUAAAGAAAAAGAGAUUAGUUUACCAAAAGAACCAGAGAAACCGGCGAAACCGCAGCGUCCUAUAAUAUCGGAAACAGGGAAAGUCAUAUCGGGCGUUCAAACCAUCAACAGGUCAACGUACAGACAGAGCAAGGCGAUGAAAGAGGAAGCGCGGAGCAACAGCCGGGAGAAUCUUCUGGAUCUUCGGCGACAGAGUCUGGAACUAGAAAAGGAGAAGGCAGACGGCUCGAAAGACAAAGAAGGGGGGACGCUGGUAGUGAAAAAUGUGACAGCGCAGACGGGGGUGGCGGGGCGGAUGAGGGUGGGGGACGGCAGCGGGCCGAUGUCGCUGGGGUGCGAGAAGCCGGCGCCGCGCUCGCAGCCGCUGGUGAAGCCGAGCGGGCAGCCGCCGCCGCGGCCGGUGGCGGCGCCGCGCACGGUGCUGCCGGCGCCGGACGAGGAGGUGGCGCUGCGACACAAGCCGGCGGUGCCGGAGAGGCCGGCCACGCUGCGGCCGCAGAGCUUCCGCUCGCGCGGCUCCGUCACCGAGGCCGACCUCGCGCCCACCACGCUCGAGCGCACGCACAUCUACACGGUCGACAAGCAACACCCGACUGUCAUACAGGUGGGGCAGCAGGCAGAAGAAGAGAGCCCACUGGCGCCGCGUACGCACAGCUCGAGCGGCAGCCUGGAGCUGAGCCGGCAGCUGUCGCAGUCGGAAGGCAGCAUCAGCGCCACGCGGCCGCCGCGUCCGCUCGUGCCCGCGCCGCCGCCGCCCGUCGCCGGCCUCGCGCUCCAAGAGAGCACCGACCUUUAAUGUCACGUCGCAUGGACCAUUCGUACGUGUCGCGAGGUCAUUCUGACCACGAAAUACCCAAAGCACUCUAGUUUUAAGACUUACCACUUUUCGAACACACAAGAUAUCCGACGUGUAUGAUGAACUCCUCACAUGUUUCCCACACCGAUCUGGGUAUUUCGUCCGUUCGCGAGUGUCUUAGUUGUAAUCGAAAGAGACUGACAUGUUGUAUUUUAUACGAUCGCGCCUGUUACUAUUGAUUGGCCGUCUAGAUAUCUAGAUUCGUUACGCGAGAGCAUGUUUAUUUGCAUGAAAUUAUUUUUGUAACUCGUUAAGGUUUUCGUGAAAGGGCUCGCUGACAUAAGUUAUUUUUAAGUCGGCCAUCUUCGGUCUUGAAAUUCCAAAAAGACAUAUCGGCUACUUUGUCAAUUUAACUUUUUAUUCAUACAAUAAGAUUUUGACGUAUAAGAUUGUACAAUAUAGAGAAUUGCAAUGAUUCCUUGUGAUAUUAGGAACUUAUUCACGGAGCCCCGCCCUGGGCGGGCGCACAAACGUAACAGUUGUUUGAUGAUUAGCCAUAUUUUUAAUAUUAUAUUUGUAACUUGACCGUGCAUUAAUUAAUUUUAUUAGCAGCGCUGUUUCAGUGAAUAUAUUUAGGCUUAAGUAUGUUAUGUAGUAUUUAUGACGUUUUAUGUGAUACGCAUUUUAUUAUUAUACUGCAAGUAUACAAGCUUCUGUUGUAAGUAAUAUUAUUACGAUUAUUCCGAAA